CAAAAUUUCUUAACAAUGAAAUAUUUUUUACGAGAUCUCCUUUCAGAAUUUUCUAUAGGUCCCAGUGCUAAUCAGUUCAGUGUUGUAAAAUUCCAUUCCUCAGCAACAGAAGCAUUUAUUCUGAACAGAUACACAACCCUUAGCAGUCUGCAGUCGGUAGUUCUCUCCCUUUCUUACUCCUCUGGUGGAACACAAAUAGGAACUGCCCUUAACUUCGUUCGUCAGUAUUCCUUUUUGGCAAGCAAAGGAGCAAGGGCUGAUGCUGCAAAAAUUGUCAUCCUGAUAACAGAUGGACAGAGCACAAUAUCCAAUGAAGCCCAAUUGUUAAAGGACCAGUUUGUCACUAUUUUUUGCGUAGGUGUGACAAGUGGAAUCAAUGAACAGUUAUUGAGAAGUGUGUCAUCACAUAAUGACUACACGUUCAUCACCGAUAACUUCAUCACUCUGUCAGGUAUACAGACGGUUCUUGGAGAAAAAUCCUGUGCUGACUCAAUAGAUGAUUGUUUAAGUAAUCCAUGUCAGAAUGGAGGAACUUGUGAAGAUCAGCUUGGAAAAUAUGUUUGUCACUGUUUUGGCAACACAACAGAUAAAAACUGCUACAUUCCAGGAUUACCAGUUGUAAGUACAGGAUCGGGUGGGACAACCAUUCUCGGAGGGAGCAUUUCAAUCACCUGCAGUAUCUCCGGCUCCUAUACAUUUGUCUUCUGGGAGUUCCAACAUAGUGGCAUAACUUUGAGGGUUAAUACUUCCGACACUACAAAAUAUUCUGGAGGAACUGUAAUUAGCUCUCGGUUAACCAUUUAUAGCUUUGCUUCUAGCGACAUCGGGAGUUAUAGAUGUUCUGCGCAGAAUUCUUACGGCACGUCGCAUAGUCCGACUAUGGCAUUUGUAGACAUACCAAAAACCGCACCAACAGUAUUUACAAAUUCCCCGGUAACAGGACAUUUAGGUGGUAAUGUCACCCUGUUGUGCAUUGUAAGCUCUCCGUAUCCGCCCGCAAUUUCUGUUACUUGGGAAUUCAAAAAUGCUACGGUCCACAUCGCUUCAGGGGGAAGAUACAGUGGUGGAACCGUUUCAGUGCCUUCUUUAACAAUCUCUAGUCUACAAAUGACAGAUUGGGGAUAUUAUAAUUGCUUUGCUACAAAUAUGUAUGCAUCCAGUAGCAGAGCAAAUGUGUAUUUAACAGUUGUUCAUAUUGAUGAAUGCAACAGCGCCCCCUGUCAGAAUAACGCUACUUGUCUUGACCGGGUCAAUGGUUUUACAUGCAGUUGUCCUGCUGGAUUUCAUGGAGUUUUAUGUGAAACUGAUAUUGAUGAAUGCAGCAGCGCCCCUUGUCAGAACAACGCUACUUGUGUUGACCGGGUCAAUGGUUUUACAUGUAGUUGUCCUGCUGGAUUUAAUGGAGUUAUAUGUGAAACUGAUAUUGACGAGUGUUCAAGUUCACCCUGUCGAAAUCAAGCGACUUGUCAUGACUUAGUCAACGGAUUUAGUUGUGAAUGUUCCCCAGGAUAUGAUGGCAGCCUUUGUUCCAAUGACAUCGAUGAAUGUGCGAGUUCCCCAUGUCAGAAUAAUGCUACAUGUCUUGACAAUGUAAACGGUUUCACCUGUGCCUGUGCUGCAGGGUUCAGUGGAAAUGUCUGUCAACUUGUUGAAUAUAUUGAUGAAUGCAUCAGCGCCCCCUGUCGGAAUAAUGCUACUUGUCUUGACCGGGUCAAUGGUUUUACAUGUAGUUGUCUUGUUGGAUUUAAUGGAGUUUUAUGUGAAAAUGAUAUUGACGAGUGUUCAAGUUCGCCCUGUCGAAAUCAAGCGACUUGUCAUGACUUAGUCAACGGAUUUAGUUGUGAAUGUUCCCCAGGAUAUGAUGGCAGCCUUUGUUCCAAUGACAUAGAUGAAUGUGCGAGUUCCCCAUGUCAGAAUAAUGCUACAUGUCUUGACAAUGUAAACGGUUUCACCUGUGCCUGUGCUGCAGGGUUCAGUGGAAAUGUCUGUCAACUUGAUAUUGAUGAAUGCAGCAGCGCCCCCUGUCAGAAUAAUGCUACUUGUCUUGACCGGGUCAAUGGUUUUACAUGUAGUUGUCCUGCUGGAUUUAAUGGAGUUCUAUGUGAAACUGAUAUUGACGAAUGUUCAAGUUCACCCUGUCGAAAUCAAGCGACUUGUCAUGACUUAGUCAACGGAUUUAGUUGUGAAUGUUCCCCAGGGUAUGAUGGCAGCCUUUGUUCCAAUGACAUCGAUGAAUGUGCGAGUUCCCCAUGUCAGAAUAAUGCUACAUGUCUGGACAAUGUAAACGGUUUCACCUGUGCCUGUGCUGCAGGGUUCAGUGGAAAUGUCUGUCAACUUGAUAUUGAUGAAUGCAGCAGCGCCCCCUGUCAGAAUAAUGCUACUUGUCUUGACCGGGUCAAUGGUUUUACAUGUAGUUGUCCUGCUGGAUUUAAUGGUGUUUUAUGUGAAACUGAUAUUGACGAAUGCUCAAGUUCACCAUGUCAAAAUCAAGCGACUUGUCAUGACUUAGUCAACGGAUUUAGUUGUGAAUGUUCCCCAGGAUAUGAUGGCAGCCUUUGUUCCAAUGACAUAGAUGAAUGUGCGAGUUCCCCAUGUCAGAAUAAUGCUACAUGUCUGGACAAAGUAAACGGUUUCACCUGUGCCUGUGCUGCAGGGUUCAGUGGAAAUGUCUGUCAACUUGAUAUUGAUGAAUGCAGCAGCGCCCCCUGCCAGAAUAACGCUACUUGUGUUGACCGGGUCAAUGGUUUUACAUGUAGUUGUCCAGCUGGAUUUAAUGGAGUUAUAUGUGAAACUGAUAUUGACGAAUGCUCAAGUUCACCCUGUAAAAAUCAAGCGACUUGUCAUGACUUAGUCAACGGAUUUAGUUGUGAAUGUUCCCCAGGGUAUGAUGGCAGCCUUUGUUCCAAUGACAUCGAUGAAUGUGCGAGUUCCCCAUGUCAGAAUAACGCUACAUGUCUGGACAAUGUAAAUGGCUUCACCUGUGCCUGUGCUGCAGGGUUCAGUGGAAAUGUCUGUCAACUUGAUAUUGAUGAAUGCAUCAGCGCCCCCUGUCAGAGUAAUGCUACUUGUCUUGACCGGGUCAAUGGUUUUACCUGUAGUUGUCCUGCUGGAUUAAAUGGUGUUUUGUGUGAAAAUGAUAUUGAUGAAUGCAGCAGCGCCCCCUGCCAGAAUAACGCUACUUGUGUUGACCGAGUCAAUGGUUUUACAUGUAGUUGUCCAGCUGGAUUUAAUGGAGAUAUAUGUGAAACUGAUAUAGACGAGUGUUCAAGUUCACCCUGUCGAAACCAAGCGACUUGUCAUGACUUAGUCAACGGAUUUAGUUGUGAAUGUUCCCCAGGGUAUGAUGGCAGCCUUUGUUCCAAUGACAUCGAUGAAUGUGCGAGUUCCCCAUGUCAGAAUAACGCUACAUGUCUGGACAAUGUAAAUGGCUUCACCUGUGCCUGUGCUGCAGGGUUCAGUGGAAAUGUCUGUCAACUUGACAUUGAUGAAUGCAUCAGCACCCCCUGUCAGAAUAAUGCUACUUGUCUUGACCGGGUCAAUGGUUUUACCUGUAGCUGUCCUGCUGGAUUUAAUGGUGUUUUAUGUGAAACUGAUAUUGAUGAGUGUUCAAGUUCACCUUGUCAAAAUGAAGCUACUUGUUAUGAUUUAGUCAACGGAUUUAGUUGUGAAUGUUCCCCAGGGUAUUAUGGCAGCCUUUGUUCCAAUGUAACUUCAGAUGGGAGAGCUUCUGCAAGCAAAUCUUGUGAUGACUGUGGCGCACUUUAUGAUUGUUCCUCAUCUUCUGCUGAUGACCCAUGUGAACUUAGCAUAUGGAAGGUGCUUUUGAUAGGCCUUGCCGGUUUAAUCGGUUGUCUUACGAUGACUUUUACUCUGACACGUCGUUACAUCCGCAAAUAUAAAAGGGUCUCACCAUCCAAUGAGGAAGGACCCGGUGUUCACCUUAUUUUUACAUUAUAUCCACCGCGGACUCUUGGUCCAAAGAAACCAGUUUUUACUGGUUUUAACUAAAAUGUUUUUAUUAUUCUUAAGAUAUACUGGACGUCUUUCUUACUCAAAAGAAUAGUUUUAAGAGAACAGACAAACUACGUUAGAACUUCGAUCGGCUUUAUUUGUGCCCCUGAAUUGAUUAUCUAUUCUCAAAUUUCUAUGGAAGGACAAAAAGAAGAAAACACUUGUUGCGGCCAUUCGACUUUCUGAUAUAUUGACGACGUAUUAUCCGUAACAAAUUAUAAUGUCCAAUAUAAAGUCAACUUGAUACAUCCCAGUGAACCUGAAAUAAAAGAAAUCAUAAAUUAUGUCACAUUUGUUUUAUUCGUGGAUAUUUACCGACAAGAAACUCUUGGACAACAAACAAACAAUUGGCAUGUAAAUAUUGAUAUGACGAUAGUACCAUCAGUUUUAGGACCAAGACAGGCUACUGAAAAAUAAGCUGAAGUUACAGAGUGGAUUCCAAACCAAUUUUAAGACACUUCCUUCUAUAACGAAAAUUACUUCGGAUUAUUCCGUGCACCUAGUCAAUACAUUGAACUCCCUGCGUGUGUGAUUGAUUGUGGAGAAUUUUUUCCUUUCUUCGGCAACCGAUCCUGGCUCCGAAAUAUCAAUGGUCUGUCUCAGACUGUUUGUGAUUGUUUGUAUUUAAUAAUUAUAUUUAUUUAGGUCCAAGUUAAUUAUGUUAUGAUCAGUUAUGAUAAGUUUAGUACAUGAUAAAGAAAGUUGACAGUGUAAAUGCCAUAUAUAUAAGAGAGAGAGAGAGAGAGAGAGAGAGAGAGAGAGAGAGAGAGAGAGAGAGAGAGUAUGAAUUGACAAUAAAGCAUCUAAAAUGUCUUUUUUACGAUUUUUUUUAAUUAAGGCUCUGUCUGUUAAUGAAAAGUCCAUGAUACUGAUCAGUUAUUCAUAGAAACUCAGAUUAUCGUGAGAUAUAUAUAAUAAACAAUUUUUGAACAGCAAUGAUGUCCUAACUUUAAGCUGAUGGAUACAUUGUGUUACAAGGAAUGUAAUAAAUAACAAAUAAUAUCGAUCUAUACUUGUUUGUUAAUUAUUCUUUUAAAUACUUUGAUCUUCAAAAUGAUGUUUAUUUAUGUUAAUGACAUAAAGCCUUUGUAUGUGGUAAGAUUUGAGAAUUUCCGACGUAAAAGAUAUCUCGACUUGUGUACACAUCAUAGGCCUUAUUUUUGGUGAGAGUUACAUAAUUAUCAGAAAUCCGUGGUUAACAUUGCAUUUGAAGAUUAUUGGGCAUCGCCAUAUGAGUGAAAAAUUCUCGAGAUUGGCGUUAAACAACAUAAAAUUAAUCAAUCUAGUUUACUGGAGUCAUUGAAUUUUAAGUUGUAAAAACGUGCUUUUGAUUUUAAACUUCUACUGAAAACAGAACUUCUGAUACAUGUAGUUCGCUUUUUGAGAGCUGUCCAUCAUAUUUUCUAAUUUUUUAAACUUCAAUUUUCGAAAGUCUAAUGUUUAAACAAUAUUUUUGAUAAGCUAAAGAAUCCGAUUUAAACUCAUAACUUGUUCUAUUUGUCAAAUCAUUAUACCCAUUGUUUGUUUUAUAGAUAAAAAUUGAUAUAUAAACGUUCUAACCAGGCUAUCAGGACAUUGUACAAACAUAUUAGGCUGUUCUUUGCCAGCUCAAGGUAGUACAUUAGAUUUUGAAAAUUCAAUGGACUUUUUAGCUUGAAUACUGUUUGUGAUUGGUCAUUCUAAAUGUUUCUUGAUUUUCAUAACUAUGUUUUUUUUUAAGGCUAAACCUUUGUCCUUGACUUUUUGCAUAACUGUGUGUAUUGUGUUAGAAUGUGCACAUUUUGAAAUGAAAAGUCAUUGUUUUGAGGAGUUGCUUCGUUUUAAAAAAAACGUUGACAUACUUAAGAGUUAUGGAUUAAAGUUCGAAAGAUUUUUUAAUACUAAGUCUAAAUGUCAUAAUCUUACAGUUUGAUUUAUCAUUAGAUAUUUAUUAGUGCUGUGUAAUGAUUCAUGAUUGUAUGAAAAAACUUUUUAUUUAUACUUCUCCCCAACAUGGAUGUGCGUAACUUAGAUAUAAAAACAAAUCAAUUGAGAUCCAGAUCUGAAUCAAAUUGCUUUAAAAAAUUUAUAAAAUGUAUAAAGUUUAAGAGAACCUUAUUUUGAUUUGAAACAAAAGUUUCAAAUGAGAAUGAUUUUUUUUUUUCUGAUCUUCACAUCUAUUGUUAUACACACUAAUUGACAUUAUCAUACACGUGCGCGUGCCAUAUAGA